GCUGCACGGGCGAGCAAGCGGGAGAUGCCGAAGCUGCGCGGGGAAGCCUUCUGGAGGGAGACGUUGCGGAGCGCCCACUACGUGGUGGCGCCCAUGGUGGACCAGAGCGAGCUGGCCUGGAGGCUGCUGAGCCGCCGCCACGGCGCCCAGCUCUGCUACACACCGAUGCUGCACGCCCAGGUCUUCCUCAGGGACGCCAACUACCGCCGCGAGAACCUCUACGACGAGGCCUGUCCCGAGGACCGCCCGCUCAUCGUGCAGUUCUGUGCCAAUGAUCCUGAAGUGUUUGUCCAAGCAGCACUGUUGGCUCAGGAUUACUGUGAUGCCAUAGACCUAAAUUUGGGUUGCCCCCAAAUGAUUGCAAAGAGAGGUCACUAUGGAGCAUUCCUGCAAGAGGAGUGGGAUCUUCUUCAGAGAAUGAUUUUACUGGCUAACGAGAAGCUCUCUGUUCCCAUCACAUGCAAAAUCCGCGUUUUCCCAGAGAUUGACAAGACAGUGAAGUAUGCACAGAUGCUGGAGAAAGCUGGCUGCCAGCUGCUGACUGUGCAUGGCCGUACUAAAGAACAGAAAGGACCACUUGCUGGUGUGGCAUCUUGGGAGCACAUUCAAGCUGUAAGAAAAGCUGUAAACAUUCCUGUAUUUGCAAAUGGAAACAUCCAGUGUCUCAGUGAUGUGGAAGAAUGCAUCCGUAAGACAGGAGUACAUGGUGUCAUGAGUGCAGAAGGUAAUCUUCAUAACCCAGCUUUGUUUGAGGGCCGGAACCCAUUGGUGUGGGAGAUGGCUGAGGAGUACCUGGAGAUCGUGCGGAAGUACCCCUGUCCAUUGUCUUAUGUUAGGGCUCAUCUCUUCAAGCUCUGGCAUCACACGCUUCAAGUUUACCAGCAGCUGCGUGAAGAAUUAGCAAAAGUGAAGACUCUAGAGGGCAUUGUAGAUGUCAACAGGGAGCUGAAACUGCGAUGUCAGGAAGAAAUAGCUAAUCAGAAAGAAGGAGAAAAGCCAAAAGAAGGGUUGCCUUUUUUCCACUGGAUCUGUCAGCCAUACAUCAGGCCAGGGCCAAAGGAGAGAUGCAGGGAGAAUGGAGAUAGUGGAACUGAAAAAGGUGUGCGAGGAAAACGUGCUCUGGAAGAAGAGGAAGAUGGAAAUUCUGAGCUUCUGUCAAAGAAUAAACAAAAAAAGAAGUUAAGAAAUCCAAAUAAAAGCUUUGAUCCAUCUUUAAAACCCAAGUAUGCAAAAUGUGAUCAAUGUGGAAACCCUAAGGGCACUAAAUGUGUGUUUAACAUGUGCCGAGGAUGCUGUAAGAAAAGAGCAUUCAAGGAGGUAGCAGAUUGUCCAGGUCAUGGACUACUUUUUAAGACCAAGUAUGAAAAAUCCCUUUCAUGGCAGCACAGUCAAAAAGGAAUUCAGACCCCAGAGAUCAGUCAGAGAGGAGACACAGAGGUGGGGGAGACAGCAGUGCUGAAGGAGGCUGGUGACAGUACAGGGUAAAGCUUUGGAAAUGAACAGUCCAAGAGCUCCUGCCAGACCUACACUAGUUCCCUGGGCCAAAGAAUGUGUCAUCUCCAGCUCACUGUCAGCUGUGUGAACUUCUUCCACAUAAUUAAGUUCUGGAAAAGUUUUAUUUAAGUAAAAAACUGCUUACUCAGGGAAUUAUCCUGCAUUUGAAAUAAAAGAGAUGCAAUUAAA